AUGUCUUUCGUGGGGUUAAAAGAUGAUUUUCGCGACGGACGUAAAAGUACAGCCCUCUACAAAUAUUAUUGUUGCUCUAGUGAAAAUCUGAAUCUAUUAUGAAAAUCAUUAGAACAGGGUAUUAAUUAGUGGAAUAGUAUUCGGGGAUUGCAGCUUGCAGUACUCAAGUGAAAUUAAGGAGUAGAUAAUUGAGUCCAUAUCGGAAAGUUAUUUUCUAACGCUGUCGAAGAAAAAUGGAUGCAAACUAGAAACCUCAAUUAUUCCUCUACCUUCUUCGAAAAUUGGAUUAAACAGUUUUUCAUUUAAAGUUUUGUGUUGUGGCAUGGGAAAGUUAGCAAAAAUUGCAAAUUAGUCAUAAAGGCAUUGACCCCAAAAAGUACUCUUUGUUGUCUGGUUAACGAAAAGAGUAAAGUCGGGUGUAGCGAAGAAGAUUACCUGCGUUGCUUGAAGAAGAAGAAAAAGAAAGUAGAGCUGAACAAAAUCAUAACAAAGACUGACUUGUCCUAGAUUUACUGCGUGUUUCCUACCGGUACUAGAAGGAUGGAGUCCUGUGCAGCUGUUGAAAAGGAAGUGGACAAAGUUAUCACUAAAUUUUCCGCAAUCAAUGAUCAUUCACAACGCAUUAUUGGGGACGUAAUCGCUUUCAUCGAAAAACUUCGCGCAUCAAUCGCAGAAGCACCAUCUGACGAGCAGCUAACUCCGGGCCAGGUUGAAGUGCUUCAUGAUGCGAUAGCCAAAGCGAAGGACAAACUUCAACGGUUAACCACCGAGCAUCGCGAUCUGCACGGUACGGUUAGCAAAGUUGGUAAAGCAAUCGAUCGUAAUUUUGUAGCUGAUUUCACUGCCACUUCGCGUACGGAUGUAUUCCAAUCCGAUCAUAACGUGACACUAUUAAACAAAAUUAUGGCGCAGCAUUUCUACCGCCAGGGAAUGGACGACGUUGCAGACACUUUGAUUAACGAAUCCGGUCUUCCGGCGGAAGAAAUUACACCCGAGCCGUACGCCGAACUACACCGAAUAUGGGAGGCCAUUCACAACCAUAAUCUGGUUCCUGCCCUUGAAUGGGCCAGCCGCUAUUCGAGCGAGUUGGACGAUCGCAACAGUACGCUCGAGUUCAAACUGCACCGCUUGGCGUUUAUGCAGAUCCUGAACGGAGGGAUUCACGCCCAAACCGAAGCCAUCACGUAUGCUCGUACUAACUUUUCCAAAUUCGUCAAGCGGUUCGAAAAGGAAAUACAAAUUCUCAUGGGAACGCUUAUAUAUCUUCCAAUUGGUAUCCAAAACUCGCCGUACAAGUACUUGAUGGCACCGGAGAUGUGGAUCGAGGCCGCCGAUGUGUUUCUAAAAGACGCCUGCUCGCUGCUCGGUAUCAACAAAGACUCGCCCCUUUCGGUGGUUUUCAAUGCUGGCUGUACCGCUCUACCAGCGCUACUCAAUCUUAAGCAAGUCAUGAUGUCUCGCCAGGUCACCGGAAUCUGGAACGGUCGGGAUGAACUGCCCAUUGAAAUCGAUCUCGAUCCGGAAAAUCGUUUUCAUUCUAUCUUCGCCUGUCCCAUUCUGCGGCAACAGAGUUCUGAGGACAAUCCGCCCAUGAAACUGCUCUGUGGACACGUCAUAUCGCGUGACGCGCUUAGUAAACUGAGCAACGGGCCAAUACUCAACAAUACUUUCAGAUUAAAGUGUCCAUACUGCCCGAUGGAACAAUGUCCAUCCGACGCGAAGCUGAUUUACUUCUAGGGCGGACCGGUAGCUACUGUACUUCGCAUACUGGAUUUAGAGCAAGCGGCCAGACGGUCAAUGAAUAACGGAUACAGUUAUACAGAUAUUCAGUUGCUAUUCGUUAGGUAAUCAUCAGCGUCGAGCGAGUGGCAGGAGACAACGUGACAGAGCGCAGUCAGUCUUCGAACGGUUAGAUGUUCCCAUGUGAUUAUUUUUUAUGUUAUGAGUUGAAAAAAAUCUAUUAAGUAAUAAGGAAAUGUCGUCAACUAUUGGCGGAAGUGAGCUGUAUUUAACAUUUUGAUUAGCUGGAUUCAUUGUGUACCACCAAUAAAUUGAACGCAGAGUAUAUAAACUUUCAACGGUACAGAACAAGCAUAAGUUUCAAAUCGAAUGCCUUCCGCUGGAGUGGAUGUGAAGAACAAUUCGAAGAUUCCUUCGGAAAUCUAGAGCUCGUUUGUUUAUGUACCUACUUUUUUUUGAUUAUGAGUUGAAUAGAUUUAUUUUAUCACAUGCUUUUUCCAUCCUAUUCGCAUAAUACAUAUACACCUGUUUGUUGUGGAAAGUCCAAGGCGCGUUAAUAUUAUUAUAUAGUUGAUGUUAUGAGUGAGUGCAUUUUCGAUAAAACCGUAAGAGUGGUGUAGGUCAAAACUAUACAUUACAUCAGAAGUAUAAAAUUUAAAAAAAAAUUAUGAUCAUAUACAUAUAAUCUUCAACAAAAAAAAAAGCGUUGAAACAUUUUUACACAAUCACUUAUAUGACGAAAAUUAGACAAAGAAUAAUGCAAUUAUGAAUGAGUGAAUAAUUGUAAUGAUUUUGAAUCAUUACCGUAGACAUGUUUCCACUGAAUGCAACUGUACAUAUAACAGUUCUUGAUGAUAAAAUAAAAAUUUAAUAAAAAUA